GGGGCAUUUACUCCAGUCUAACGUGUCUUCUGUGUUUCUUGUAUGUCUCUGGAACGUACGCCCCACGGGGCAGGGACCAUGUUUUUCUGGCGCAAUGGUGGGCUCCCAGCACAUUGGACAAGGCCGGACGCAGGACAACCUGACAUUUGUUGAGCAACUGAACACAGUUCCGGGUACUGGAGAGCGCAGAGCCACUGGUCCUUCGGGCAGGGGCGCGGCUUGUCUCGGCCCUGCCCCCGACCCCGCCCCCCUCUAACCUCCUCCUCCCGCGCCUUUCCCCGGAGUUGGCCGCGGUUAGAGCCGCGCUUUUCCCUCAAGCUUCACUCUCUUUCUGCAGCCGCCGCGAAAACCCGGAGCGGAAAGAUAGCGGAGCGGCGUCGCUCUUCGCGGCACCUCCCCGGCAGCCUUUUGCGGCCGCGCUGGGCAUGCUCAGUCCGUAGGGCCGCUUCAGCUCGUGGAGUAGGAAGCUUGGGCGGUUCGGAUGCAAGGAGCCGCGGUGGGGGGAAAAUGGAGCCCUUUACCAAUGAUCGGCUUCAGCUCCCCCGGAAUAUGAUUGAAAACAGCAUGUUUGAGGAAGAACCAGAUGUGGUGGAUUUAGCCAAAGAGCCUUGUUUACAUCCUCUAGAGCCUGAUGAGGUGGAAUAUGAGCCCCGGGGUUCACGUCUGCUGGUGCGGGGUCUUGGGGAGCAUGAGAUGGAUGAGGAUGAAGAGGAUUAUGAGUCAUCAGCAAAGCUCCUGGGCAUGUCCUUUAUGAACAGAAGCUCAGGCCUUCGGAACAGUGCAGCCAGCUACAGGCAGAGCCCUGAUGGCAGUUGUUCAGUACCCUCUGCAAGGACCAUGGUGGUCUGUGCUUUUGUCGUUGUGGUUGCUGUUUCUGUUAUCAUGGUGAUUUACCUAUUGCCCAAAUGUACCUUUACCAAAGAAGGCUGCCAUAAAAAAAACCAAUCAAUGGGACUAAUUCAGCCAUUUGCAACAAAUGGGAAAUUGUUUCCAUGGGCACAAAUCAGGCUUCCCACUGCCAUUAAGCCACUACGCUAUGAACUUAACCUGCACCCGAACCUAACCUCAAUGACAUUCAGGGGUUCUGUGACGAUCUCAGUUCAGGUUCUUCAGGCCACGUGGAAUAUCAUUCUUCAUAGCACAGGCCAUAAUAUUUCAAGAGUAACUGUUAUGUCAGCAGUUUCAAGCCAAGAAAAGCAAGUUGAGAUCCUGGAAUAUCCAUUUCAUGAACAAAUUGCCAUUGUUGCCCCUGAAGCCCUUCUGGAAGGGCACAAUUAUACCGUGAAGAUAGAGUAUUCGGCAAAUAUAUCUACUUCUUACUACGGGUUUUAUGGCAUCUCCUAUACAGAUGAAAAUAAUGAGAAAAAGUACUUUGCAGCAACUCAAUUUGAACCCCUGGCCGCAAGAUCUGCUUUUCCUUGUUUUGAUGAACCAGCAUUUAAAGCCACAUUUAUCAUCAAGAUCAUCAGGGAUGAGCAACACACUGCUUUGUCAAAUAUGCCUAAGAAAUCAUCAGUCCUUAUAGAAGAUGGACUCGUUCAGGAUGAGUUUUCUGAGAGUGUGAAGAUGAGCACUUACUUGGUUGCUUUCAUUGUUGGGGAGAUGAAGAACCUGAGUCAGGACAUUAAUGGAACCCUGGUUUCUGUAUAUGCUGUACCAGAAAAGAUAGAUCAAGUUCACCAUGCUUUGGAAACCACUGUAAAGCUUCUUGAGUUUUAUCAAAACUACUUUGAAAUUCAGUACCCACUUAAGAAAUUAGACUUGGUGGCUAUUCCUGACUUCGAAGCAGGAGCAAUGGAAAAUUGGGGUUUGCUCACCUUUCGAGAAGAGACACUUCUGUAUGACAAUAAUACUUCUUCAGUGGCAGAUAGAAAACUAGUUACUAAAAUCAUCGCUCAUGAGCUGGCCCAUCAGUGGUUUGGUAAUCUGGUAACGAUGGAGUGGUGGAAUGAUCUGUGGCUGAAUGAAGGUUUUGCCACCUUCAUGGAGUACUUCUCUUUGGAAAAAAUAUUUGAAGAGCUCUCAAGUUAUGAAGAUUUUUUAGAUGCUCGAUUUAAAACCAUGAAGAAAGAUUCUUUGAAUUCAUCUCAUCCAAUAUCGUCAUCAUCUGUUCAGUCUUCAGCACAGAUUGAAGAAAUGUUUGAUUCUGUUUCCUAUUUUAAGGGAGCUUCACUCUUAUUGAUGCUGAAAACUUAUCUUAGUGAAGAUGUGUUUCAACAUGCUGUUGUUCUUUACCUACAUAAUCAUAGCUAUGCAUCCAUUCGAAGUGAUGAUCUAUGGGAUAGUUUUAAUGAGGUCACAAACAAAACAUCAGAUGUGAAGAAGAUGAUGAAAACCUGGGCCCUGCAGAAAGGAUUUCCCUUAGUGACUGUUCAAAGGAAAGGAAAGGAACUUGUUGUACAACAAGAGAGAUUCUUUUUAAAUACAAAGCCUGAACUUCAGCCUUCAGAUGCAAGCUACCUGUGGCAUAUUCCACUGUCCUAUAUUACUGAUGGAAAAAAAAAUCGAUCAUUAUUAUUACUGGAUAAGAAAUCAGGUGUCAUCAAUCUUACAGAAGAAGUGCAGUGGGUCAAAGUCAAUAUAAACAUGAAUGGCUAUUAUGUUGUACACUAUGCAGAUGAGGACUGGGAAGCACUGAUUAAACAGUUGAAAACAGAUCCUUAUGUUCUGAGUGACAAAGACCGAGCCAACCUCAUCAACAACAUUUUUGAACUUGCAGGCAUUGGCAAGGUGCCUCUUCAGAGGGCCUUUGAUUUGAUUGACUAUCUUGGAAAUGAGAACCACACUGCACCCAUCACUGAAGCCCUGUUUCAGACAGACCUCAUCUAUAACCUCCUUGAAAAACUGGGACAUGUGAAUCUGGCCUCAAGACUGGUGACCAGAGUAUUUAAAUUGCUUCAAAACCAAAUCCAGCAACAAACCUGGACUGAUAAGGGCACCCCGUCUAUGCGAGAGCUUCGGUCACUCUUGCUAGAAUUUGCUUGUACCCACAGCUUGGAGAACUACAGCACUGUUGCCAUGAAACUCUUUGACGAUUGGAUGGCAUCCAAUGGAACUCAAAGCCUACCUACUGAUGUCAUGACUUCUGUGUUUAAAGUUGGAGCAAAAACUGAAAAAGGCUGGUUAUUCCUUCUAAGCAAGUACGUCACUAUAGGCUCUGAAGCAGAGAAGAAUAAAAUACUUGAAGCUCUUGCCAGCUCAGAGGAUGUACGGAAGCUUUACUGGUUAAUGAAAAGUAGCCUCAAUGGAGAUACCAUCCGAACACAAAAGCUGUCGUUCAUCAUUAGAACAGUGGGCCGACAUUUUCCUGGACACUUACUGGCAUGGGAUUUUGUCAAAGAGAACUGGAAUAAGCUUGUACAGAAGUUUCAUCUGGGGUCCUAUACCAUACAAAGUAUUGUUGCUGGAUCAGCUCACCUGUUUUCAACAAAGGCACAUUUGUCUGAGGUCCGGGCAUUCUUUGAAAAUGAGUCAGAGGCAACAUUUCGGCUUCGUUGUGUCCAGGAGGCUUUGGAAGUCAUUCAGCUCAAUAUCCAGUGGAUGGAAAAAAACUUAAAAUCUCUGACAUCGUGGCUAUAGCACGCACAACCGCACCUCAUUUUGUCGCCCAUUCAGAGAGUUUGUAAACUUGGGGCUCUGCUGCUUUUGCAAAAGCCAGGGUGAAGUCAGGAUCACUGCUGAGUUGUUCUCACCCUUAGGAGUUCUAGUUAGCUCAGGGCACAUCUGUAUUUUUCAUCUGUCUUUUCUGAGUGUCUUUGGGCAGUACGUAGUUAUUUAUUACAGAAUUGUAUUCACCUAUAUGCCAAUCUUCUACAAAAACAGUGAGUAAUUUUUCUACUUUGAAGCUAUAGAAAUGGGGGAAAAAAAUCUGUUUUGAAAUUCCGUUCUAUUUCUCAAAACCAGAAAGUACUGACACAGUGAAACAAGGAAAGGUCUACCAUACGAGCCACCAUCUUUGCAGGCUGCGGGUUUGUCAGCCAUUUGUUGCUUCAUGUGUACACAGUUAGCGUCAGAUAGUAAUGGAGAUGAUGAAGCAUGCAGCUGUAGAGACCAGAUCUCAGGUGUACAGAUCUCCUUUGAUUUGGGGUUUUGAUUAGUCCUUUGUUUUCUGGAAAAAGUUUAAAUAAGAUCUAUAGCUAUUGUAUUUUUUUCUGCAGAAUAGCCAGGUGCUACAGAAGUUUUCAAUUUUUGUUGUAUUGAAAAGCUAAAUCACAAGGCCAAAAGAUUAAAUUUUCCAAGUACUUAACACUUUCUUUUAACGUUUUAUAGCAUUACCAUAGGAAACUGCUCCAAAGUGAGUUAGUUUUAAUUAUAAUUUUUAUUCACGGAUGCGGGUAUUCCCCACAUCUGUACACCUUUAUCACUCCGUGACAUAGACAUACCUUAUGUUAUAGAUGAAUAUUUGUACAUUUGUGACAAGCAUUUUGUUAACACUGGUGUCCUUCGUUGUGACUUUUAUCAUUAUUAAUAAGAAUAUAGUUUAUCUUUUGGCAUGAUAAAUCAUAGAUUCUUUGUCUCUGAAUCAUACCUUUGUGUGCAUUUUCAUUUUGUAUAAUAGAGUAGCAUAUCAGAAGCAUAUUUUAAAAUAGGGCCUUUGAGAAACUGAACAUUUUUAUUUGAAGUUCACCAUAGUACCUUAAAUAGAAGUGAGGAAAAUGUGGUAUAAGAGUAUCUUGAAUUCAGGUUUGAUAUGGUGGGCUUUGAAUUUUUUCCAGUAUCAGAAACAGUACUUUUCUUUAUUGAUAAUCACAGUUUUUCUUUUAUUGUGGCCAAACUAACAUUUAAAGAAAUGGCCAAAGAAAGAAAGAAAAAUGAGGAAGGAUACCCAAAACUGUAUGGCAUUUUUAUUCCUAAAGGAGAAAUACUGUACUUGAAUUUUUUGAGCUAUGCAGACUUAUACCUAGAUUGUUGUGUUUCUUUGAUUCUUAGGAGAAAAGCUUGCUUCCUAAUAACUCUUGAGUUGUUUAUAUUUUGUUUGAAAACAGCUUCUAUGUACAUAAAAAGGGUAGUUACCCAUUUCUGAGCACUUAAAACACUCCACAGAGUCAGACAAUGGGGAAAGGUCACCUUUUUUUUAUUCAGGUGUGAAGCUAGAAUAUGUGAGAUUGUGUAUAAAAUUAUAUUUAUUUUAUGAAAAAUAUUUUUAUAAUACAAAAUUUAAAAGGCUGGCAAACUAAAAAAUAGUUGUCUUUAAUCCUAGUGUGUUUUCCCCCAAUUUAGUUUUUUCUAAACAUUUAUCUUUCUGUUUUAGAGUAGAAAAUAUAUUCUGAAUCAUCGAAAGAUGUCUUAUUAAAACUUGGGUGAUUGUAGGUCUCUACUCCUCUUGUACUUCAGUAAAUGAAUGAUAAUUUAGUUGAUAUUGAAAGUUACUGUGUUUUUGUAAUUUAGAGUGGGGAAAAUACAAAACUUGUGGAGGGUUUUGUUGUUAUUGCUGGUUUUUUACCAUGUCGCAUUACUAAAUUCCACUUUGAUACAGAGUAUAAUUUUGUUACUUCUCAAAAAUCAGUUAUGAUUCUUCAAUUUACCUGCCCAGCUUGACAUUGCUUCUGUAAUAUAUGUUAACUCUGCAUAUGGCAAAUCUUGUCUUGAAUUCGAUCAGUUUUUUUCAUGUGUGUAUGGUGUGGGAAGUAUUGUUGUAAGUAAAACCUUAUCAAAACAUGGGCUGAAAAAAGCAGUAACUCAUAAUCCAUUGCUGUCUUGGUACUCAAAGGCUGUCCAUUCCUGUGAUACCAGAACCAUAAUAUCUACAUUAUUAGCAGUCUUGUAGGCAUCACCUGAAUUUUUCCUACAGAAUUCCAUAAUUUUUAAUGUUAUGCUAGCCCAUCCAUAUGGGACUUCUAAAAACUAACUCUAAACCAAAAAUAUGAGGUUAAAUAAUAGGUAGAAUGUGUAGUAUAAGAAGUGUAAGUACAGCUUUCAAAGGUUUUUUUCCCCAAAAACUUUAUCUUAGCCAUUAUAUUUCUGAGAACUCAAAUAGAUUGAAGCACAGAAGUCAAAGUAUGCUUUCUUAUAUAAGCACAUAGAUCCAUGACAGAAUUAAGUACUUGUUUGACAAGUAUUAUUUGCUUUCAUUACUGAGAGACUGUCCACUUGAAUGUAAUUAAAAAAAGGCACAUCAUACUAAAUUAUUAGUAAAGAUAGAUAAAUUUGGAAAUUAUGGAAGAAAAAUGUUUGCUUUGGAGAUCUGAAAGGUUAUUAAAGUAGAAAUCUAAGGAGUCUAGUAUGUUCUGUUAAUAUCAAAUGAUUAGAUAGAUAUAUUAAACUGCAAGUGGUAUUAGCUCCCACCGUAAGUUGGUACCUUCCUCCAUCUUGUAGUUCUGUAUAAGUCUUUUUAAAUGAAAUUGUGUCAUUUGUCAUUGUUGUGGUGUUUGUGAAAACCUUUCUUACUGUCACAGGUUAUACUUAACCUCUAAUUUCUUUGCAUAAGCAUCUAUUUUAUUGUACUUUAGUCACUGUAGUAGCAAAAGAGCUGUCAGAUGAGUGCUGGGUAUCUAGAGGGGACAGAGCUACAUCAGCGUUGUUAGUUACAGAACAGAAUCCUUUCUGAAUAUCAGGAAGUGAGAAAGUUAAGUGCUACGUUUGUUGGAUUACUGAUAGCCUGUUCUUAAAUUGGAUUUGAAGGAGUCUGUUCAGACUAAGGCACCUGGAGCUAUAAUCUGCAGCCAGAUUGCAGAACGUUCAUGUAAUUCCCACGCAUUUCAUGGGGCUGCAGGGAAGGUGUAUGCAUAUCAAGAUGUGUCAUCACAAAGGACAGAAGUCCCCAGGCUAAGUUUGCAAAACUAGAGCUGAAUUUUGUUACAUAGACAUAACUAAGAAUUGAGGUCGUAAGUACGAUGUAGCUCUUCUUCCCUUUGCCUUUGUUGCUUAUGUUUUUAUUGGAAUUUACUCUCUUCUUAUAGCGCUCCCCCUCACUACCCCAUUUGUACUUUAGAAAAUUAACAUAUAUAAAUACUUUUGCUGGUUUUUGCAUUCUUUCAUUUUGUACAUCUUUCUCUGCAUGGGCAAGUAAGUACCAAAUGAGAAGUAGAGGUCCAAAAGUAUGAUAUAUCUCCUCUCCUCUCUUUCCCUGAUUGCCUGCAUAAUUAGUUGAUUGAUUUCUUUCACUGGUUUUGGAGGCAUAUACUUUAAAAAUGUACACGUUUGAUACUUUUUUAUGUUCUUCAUUUUGUAUAGUUUGUCCUGAUGAGAAGUAAGAUGUUGUGCUAUGAAAGUCUCUUCUUCCCUGUCCCUGUUUUUGCCCUCUGUGGACAACAACUGACAGAGUAUAGUUACUUGGUUUCCUCUUUUGUAAGGAGGUGAUGAUGUUGGGAGGAGAGCAGGAUCUUUUCUUUUUAAAAUGUAUGCAAAUAUUUUUGCUGCUAUUUUGUGGAUGCUACUUCAUUUUGUUCUUUGUUCAUCCUUCUUGUGGGCAGGUAGUUACCUAGUGAACUGUGGAGGUCCCGAAGUAUGACAAGUGUUGGAUUUACUCCUCGUCUUACUGCUUGUGUAGACAAUAACGAUAGAGUAGUUUCUAGUCUCUUGAUCUAAUCUUGGAGGGAUGGGUAUUGUAUAUCAUUCUUUUAAGUGUAUAUAAAUGUUUUGCUACUUUUUUAUAUUUCAUUUAUACUUCUUUGUGUGAAUACAUAUAUAAUGAAAACUGAGGUUCAGAGUAUGACAAAUCUCCUCUUUCCCUUUUCCUUAUUGCCCUUUUGGGCAAUAGCUAAUAGAGUAGUUUGUUUUAUUUUGAGGUGUGGGGGAGAGUGGGGCAUGUAAAGUAUGAACUUAGUGUACACAAAUAUAUUUGCUACUAUAUUGUAUUACUGUCUCAUUUCGUACUGUGUCCGUCUCAUGGAUGGAGAAGUACCUAAUGAAACGUGGAGGUCCGGAUGUAUAACAAUCUCCUCUUCUCCCUUCCCUUACUGCCUGUGUGGGCGGGCAAUAGCUAAUAGAGUAGUUGCUGGAUUUUUUGUUUGGGGGCGGGGGCAGGGGUGUGUACUUAAUGUAUAUACGUGUUUUUACUACUAUAUUGUAUUGUUUCAUUGAGUUCCCAGUCUUUCUCUUUGACCAGAUGGUACCUAAUGAACUAUGGAGUUCCGGAUGUAUAACAGUCUCCUCUUCUCCCUUUCCCUUAUUGCCUGUGCAGGCAAUCAUUUUAGAGUAUUCUGGGUUUUUUUAAAAGACUUUUGCCAAGGGGAGGAGGGAGGAAUUUCAGGGCAAGGGUAUGUACUUUAAUAUAUCUAUAUCUUUACACAUAUAUGCAUAUACAUAUAUAUAUAUCUUUGCUAUUUUUCUGUUACUUCAUUUUUUUCCUUUACAUGGAUGUUAAAAUAUAUAAAGAAAAUCGAGAUUCAGUCUAUGACAAAUCUCCUCCUCUUCCCUUCCUUUAUUGCUUGUGUGGCAAUGGCUAGUAGAGUAGUUCAUUAGUUUCAGGGGUUUUUUUCUUUUGGAGGUGGGGUACUGGAGAGAGGGAUGAGAUCAGGGUAUAUACUUUUGUAAACGUCUGUACAUGUUUUUACUUCUUUUUUAUAUUAUUUCAUUGGGUUCCCAGUCCUUCAUUUGGACUGUAGGUUGCUAAUGAACCAUGGAGUUCUGGAUGUAUAACAAUCUCCUCUUCUCCCUUUCCCUUUGUAUCUAUAUAGGCAAUAAUUUUAAAGUAGUUUGGGUUUUUUGAAGAUUUCUUUUUGGGGGGAUGGGGAGGGACUAAGAAUGGGACAUAUACUUUUUACAAAUGUAUAUAUAAUUUUUCUUACUAUAUUAUGUUGUUUCAUUUAGUACCUAGUCCUUUGCUUGGACAUGUAGGUGGGUACCUGAUAAAACAUGGAGUUCCAGAUGUAUGAAAAUCUCCUCUUCUCCCCUUCCCUUAUUGCCUGUGUGGGCAAUAGUUUUAGAGUAGUAUAGGUUACUUUUGUUACUCUACCACCACCCCGGAGAGGGUUGGGAGUAUGUACUUUAAAAAAUGUGUAUAUAAAUAUAUUUUUGUUCAUUUUUUCUGUGCUUCAUUUUGUACCUAGAUCUUUCCAUGGAUACUUAGGUAUAUAAUGAAAAUAGAGGUUCAUUCUAUGAAAAAAAAAGCCUCCGCUUCCCCUUCCCUGAUUGCCUGUCUGGGCAAUGGCUAGUAGAGUAGGGCUUUUUGUUUUGUUUUUUUUGCAGGGCAGGGUGAUUUCUGGGUUUGUAUUUUUUUUAAUGUAUAUAAAUGUUUGCUUUUUGUGUUGUUGUUUUUCUUUCAGUCCAAACCCAGUGUUUAGUUUUUGGACUUGUGGGUGUAAAAUGAAACUUAGAGGCCCAGAUCCAGAGGUGUAAAAAAUCUUUUCUCCUUUCCCCUAUAGCCUGUGUAAAUGGGCAAUAGUUUAAGAGUACUUUAAGGCUGGCUUGUUUGUUUAUUUUUUAGGCUUUUAUUAGGGAAUGGGCAGGAUAUCUUUUUUUUUUUUUAAACUAUAUAUGUGUUUGCCCCUUUUGGUGUUAACUUCAUUUUGAAUCUAGUCCUUUGCAUGACUGUUUAGGUACUUAAUGAAAGUUGAGAUGGAUUCUAUGAAAAAUCUCCCCUUUUCCCUGUGCCUCAUUGCCUGGUGGGCAAUGGCAGAAGAAUAGAUGUUUGGUUCUAUUUUGCAGGGUUGGAGGGGUAUAUGUUCUUUUUAAAUGUACAUAAGGGUUUGCUACAUUUUGUGUGUUACUAUAUCCAGUACCCAGUCCUUUGCUGGGACUUACAGAUACAUUAAUAAAACAUGGAGGUCCAGAUGUAUGAUAAAUCUCCUCUUCUCCCCUUCCCUCAUUGCCUGCAUGGGCAAUAGUUUUAUAAUAAUUUGGGGUUUUUGUUUUUUGAGGUUUUUUAUUUGGGUUGUUAGUGGUUAGGAGAAAAGAGCAGGGUAUAUACUUUUUAAAAAAUGUAUAUAGAUGCUUUUCUGUUAGUAUUUUUGUACCUAGUCCUUUGCAUGGAUGUUUAGGUAUCUAAUGAAAAUUGAGGAUCAGUGUAUGACAAAUCUCACUUCUCCCCUUCCCCUGAUUGCCUGUGUAGGCAAUAGUGAGUAGAUAGUUGUGUGUAGUUUACUUAAUUGUUAGUUUGAGGGAUUUAUAGUUUUGGCAGAGAAAUAUUCUUAAUAAGUACAAAUAUGUUUUUAUUUCUUUGUUAUUUCAUUUUGUAUUUAGUCCUUUGCAUGGCUAUGUAGGGACCUAAUGAAAAUUUGAGUUUCAUAAUAUGAGAUCACUUCCUCCUUUCCCACAUAUUUCCUCACUUAGCAGUAGCUAGUAUUAUAGUUGUUCUUUGGUUAUUUUGUUUUAUUCUGUAGGAUAGAUACCUUUUAAAAUGUAAAUAUGUAUAUACUCAGAUAAUUUGAUUCUUUUUAUCAUUAUUUCCUUUUAGUACUUGGUCCUUUGCAGGGCUCUGAAGAUACUUAAAAAUAAAGUCCCACUCAAUCCCUGCCAUCUGGCUUAAAGAUUAGCUGUGUGAUGGUGUAACUAAUGGCAAAAGGCAUAUAGCAAAUAAGAUGAGGGACUAUUUGGAUGGGGGAAGACAGCUUAUAUGACUGAGGUGUGAAAGCUAAUCAGAUCCAGCAUUUCUUGUACUGAUUCAAACUGAAUGAGAUGGUGAGAAAGGACCUGUACUUCGGAAAUUCCAGAAAGGCAAGAGAGCAGUACUUAGUAAAAGUGUGUUUAAAGUUCAUUACUGAUUCGUCUUUCAGUAACUGCUAAGCCAGUAAAGCCAACCACGGGCCUAUAAAAUAAAAGUGCUGCCUAGAACUCAUUUGAAGACCCUUGAGAGUAGCUCCUUUCUGAGACCUGGAAUUCUGAUUUGUGUACAAAAGUCUGUUGUAGUUCUUGCAGUAGCAUAUUGAUGCAUACCUGGUGGAAGUUCUUUUGAUUAUUGGGAUGAGCCUUUUGAGUUAUUGCCAUGGUUCCAGUGAAUGACAAUAUGGGCCCAAAAACUAAUCGAGACAGUUGUGGGGGCAGCCCUUUCUACCUUUCAACACCCAUGUGUGGCAGGGCAAGUUUGGCCCUUUCCUACCCAGACUCUUUUGUGUGGCUGUGUCUCUCUCCUCCGUUCUCCAUUAACCAGUCAUUCCUGUUCCUUUUUCCUUGUUGUCUUCAGUGCCCGGAUGUUAGAUGCUAGCUUCAGUUGCACUCAGAAAUGUAAGCCAACACUGCCUCAUUAGGUGCAUGUUUUUGUAUGCAUUUCAUGCAUCCAGACCUGCACGUUUGCUUUCAGUGUUCUUGUAUCUUAUUUCUUGUAUGGUCUCUUCAUCCACCAUAUGGUAAAUGUUAUAACACCAUAUUGUCUAUAUUAAAGAAAAUGCAUGUGUAAAGAUCCUUUCUUUUCUUCCUUCCUUUUUUCCCUCUUUUCUUCUUUCAAGCAUCUUAGCAUUAUCUGUUUUGACAUUUAUAGUGAUGCUACUCCAUGCCGAAGAUUUGCCAUAUUUUUUUAACAAACAUUGAGUGAUAUGACUCCUAGAAAAUUUGCAGAUGUUAUUUACCAUAUCAAAUUCUCAGGUUCUAGUGAUGAAAAAUUAGCCUAUACUUUGCUGUUGUUUAUACUUGCUGCUAUAGAAAAAAAAUAAAAGUUUAUUCAUGACACAUUUAACUUUGAUCAUAAAUAAAAGAGAGGGAGCACCUUUUUGGAGUUAGUCAUGGUAGUCAUUAGUGAUAUUUCUGUAUGGUUCUUAAUUUGAAAUACUUCAAAGCAAGUAAAGGUCAUGGCUUAGCUGAAUGAAAUGCUUCAGAAAUUGAAAUGGUUAGAAACCACCAGUACAGUAAUACACUCGUGUGUGUCUGUGUAUAUGAAAUGAGAAUUACAACAUAAUUGGAGCAUUUGCAUUAAUCAGCAAACUCAUAUUGAGACAAGACUUAGGCUUACAGCUCUCUUGAUUAAAGCCAAGUGUUCCAUAUUGCUGUGAAGAAUGGUAGAUUUCAAAUACUUAAAGUAAUUACUUGGGAACUUGUAAAACGGUAUUACAUUUUCGUAUUUAAACACCUAUAAAGAUCUUCAAUUCCAAGUCUGAGCUUGUGGGUGGAAUUCUAAAGUUGUAUCAUAAUCUGUCUUUUGUGGAAGACUUUGAAAAUAGAAUAUAUAUGUAUCUAAAAUACUGUAUAUGUAACUGUGUUGUUUCAAUAAGGGAAAAGGCUUAUUUUUCUUUAUAUUUCUGAUGACUUGUUUUGCAUAU